AUGAGCGUUGGCGGCGAUAUAUUCAAGAACCCUCUGGAUCAUAAUGAUGACGAAAGUGUAAUUAGAAAAGUUCCGCCUGCAACUAUUGAUAUUGAUAUUAAUGCCCCGUCUCAUCCCUCUUCUUCCGAGACUCCUAUCAACGAUCAUAGAACCCAUCGCACUGAGGAAAUCAAUGUAGAUUUGGACUCUGACAAUGCUAUCUUGGUCGAUAUUUCAGAUGCCCUCUCUGAGAGGGAUAAGGUUAAAUACACUGUCCAUACGAAAACCACUCUCACUGACAUGAAAGUUGAGUCAUCUGUGGUCAGAGAGCAUGAGGAGUUCAUCUGGUUGCAUUCUGUUUUGGAUGAAAAUGAGAACUAUGCCGGAUUUAUCAUCCCUCCUGCACCACCUAAGCCAGAUUUCGAAGCUUCAAGAGAAAAAUUGCAAAAGCUAGGGGAAGGCGAAGCCACCAUGACCAAGGAAGAGUUCUUGAAAAUGAAACAAGAGUUGGAACAGGACUAUUUGGCGCAAUUUAAGAAAACCGUUGCCAUGCACGAAGUUUUCUUGCAGCGCAUAGCUGCCCAUCCAGUCUUCAGACACGACAGGAAUUUCAGAAUCUUCCUUGAAUACGAAGAUGAUUUAUCAGUCCGUGGAAAAAACAAAAAAGAAGUUGUUGAAUCCAUUUGGAAGCGAUUUACUCAGUCCGCUGAUGAAGUUCUUCUGUCUGGACAGAAAGAUGUUGAUGAUUUUUUCGAGACGGAAAGAUGCUAUUUGAUUGAAUAUAACACGCAUAUAAAAGAAGCCGCAGUGAGAGCUGAGAAGAUGGUCAGGCUUCGAAAAAAUGUAUCGGAUUCGUACUCUAAGAUUGGUGAUAAUCUUGAAAGGCUAGCCCGCGGAGAACCUGAUAAGCUUCUUGCUCGCACACUUGCACGAAGUUCCGACUCUAUGGCGAAGUUGAAAAAAGUGGAAGCUCGUUCAGCUAACGAUGAGGAGUUGAAGCUUACUGACACUCUGACAUAUUUCACAAGAGACACUCAAGCCGCCAAGGAUUUGCUAUACAGACGUAUGAGAUGUCUCGCUAAUUACGAAGCUGCUAAUAAAAACUUGGAGCGGGCUCGUGGAAAAAACAAAGAUAUUCCUAAAGCGGAAGCAGAGCAAGUGGAAGCUUGCAAAAAGUUCGAAGACAUCAGCACAUUGGCCAAGACUGAAUUGAAAGAUUUGAAGAAAAGAAGAGUCAUGGCUUUCAAGAAAAAUCUACAAGACUUGGCUGACCUGGAGAUUCGUCAUGCUAAGGCCCAGUUACAAGUGUUAGAGGAAUCUUUGGUGAAGCUGAAAGAACUCUAA